CAAUGUCAGUCAAUUUGUUCUUCCUCGUCACAGUAAUUUCUUAUCAAACUGUGUAUCCAGUUGUGAGCAUUCCUACAACAACUGAGAUGAACAGCAAUACCACUGCAUCGAAUAAAUCAUCAAGUCUACUGAAUUGAGAAAUACAAUCUCACAAUGUGUUCGAUUGUAUAUGGAACCAAAUCAACUUGGUGAUUGGUGUGAUAUAUGUGAUAGUAAUGAGCUGCUCUCAUCAACAUUUGUUUGGAGAACCAAAUCGAUUUGUACAAGUGGAAAUACGAAUCCAUUCAGAAAAACAUAUUGGUUAAUAUAUGAACGAUCUCAUUUCGCAGGACCUUACAUACUACUCAGUGCCAGUAAAUGUAUUGACGAUAUAAAUCAGUAUAAACUUUCGGCAACUAUGUCAAUACUGAUCUGUGUAGAGAAACUAACGGCAAAAUGGGAUGUGUUUGUUUCUUGUCAAUAUCCAAAACGACCAUGGAGGGAAUUUUCCCCAGUAAACUGGCACUCUGAUUAUAAAAUCAUAUCUAAAUCUGGAACGUAAUCAACUGAUGGAGCAGACGCUUCCUCACUGGAAGAAAUAGAAAGUUUGAUAGAUCUACAGGAAAACAGUGUCAACAAUAAAUAAUUACAAGUACAAUCUCUUCGUUUUAAUUCCGUUCGUCAAAUAUUGAGGUGAAUGCGGAUAUCAGUCUACUAUGAGAAAAAGAGAGAGAGAGAGAGAGCUGAAAAUGAUGUUUGUAGUUGUUUUGAAU